CCUUACUUCGCCUCUCGCUGGACGAUAUUGAUCCACUACUUCUGCGGAUCGCCUUACACGGAACCGUUGAGUCGGUUCAUUAUAUCCAAUCCAAUCCAUCUUUACAACAAUCGUUCUCUUCAGCAAUUGGACCACUUUGACCCCGACUGCGUCAACUUCAUCUCUCAGCAUUCCCUUUGUGUUUCAUUAUCGAACGCUGUUAUUCCAUUCUCUACCCCGGAUCGGUACACAUUGCCUAGAAGUGUCUUAUUUGCCGUGGUAUGCUUCAAUUGUCUUAUUUUUGUACCCUCGCAUGAAAAUCAUCUGAAUUUGGCUCCGUCCCCGACCAGCCCCCCGGCCUCUGCCUCAAGACAUAGACGGACGCCGUGUUUUGGAAAAAAACAAAAGUUUGAGUCGCAUGUUUUUCUUUUGUAUUGAGGGCGUAAAAUGUCGGAGCUGAAGUCAGCGUCGAAGGCCUCUCAGCCAGCCUCUCUCUAGCUGCAGCAGUGCUUGGUAUUGCCAAUAUGCUGUAUACAUCAAAAUGGGCAAAAUAGCUGGGUUUGAUUGCAGAUUGAAGUCUCUAUCUGCAGCUACCUUGGGAUCGAUCCAAGGGUUCCCUUGUCUCCCCACGAUUGCCAGCUCUGUCAUUUCAUACGGUCCAAGCCUAUCGUACCAGAUUGUUUCUCAGCUGUUACCCCUUGGCCCCAAGGCGUGUGGCUGGCUGUAACUCACUGCAGUGCAGCUUGGUGCAAUUUCCCUGCCCUUUUUUCUUUGCUUCUAUUCCCCUUCCAUGCCGUCACCCGAUGGCUUUUAACGACGGCCGCUGACAAGCAUCCCCCAGUCAAACUCCCCCUUCGACACAGUCCGUGCAGCUUAUUGGGUCGUGGGACAAUUUCAGCCAAUCUCACCCCAUGCAACGAGACAUCCGGCGGGGCCGUGAUCAGUGGAGAGGCUGCUAUUCUUUUCGUGACAUUGUCUGUGACGACGUUUCCGUCUCGGCUUCUGCGACGUGCGCUGGCGUAGGCGCUGGAACAAGCUCAAGCUCAGGCUCAGGUACUGGCACAGCACCUUCGUAUCCCAACAAGAGGCACGGUGGUCUUAAGAUGGGUCAUACCUAUUAUUACUACUAUGAGCUAGAUGGCUCGGUCGAGACACAUGACCCUAGCCUCCCUUCAACCACAGCUUGCCCAUACCUACCUGGUCAAACUGUCAAUACUUUAAUCGUUCCUGUCGAGCAGGCUCUCAGGCAGCGAAGUGCUUCUCUUACCUCUAUGCGUGCUACCGAUCUCAAGACCAUGAAUCCCGAAUCCAAGUACAUCACACCUCGACCUGCACCUUCAGUACCAGCAAACCACAUCCCCUACCGGGUUGGUUCAUCUCCAUCACUAAAUCACAAGUCUUCGUCCCGAUCACUAUCACCAGCCCCGGCGGCAUGGAAGCGCUUGUUUGGUCGCAAGGUGAACUCUGAGGGCGAGCGUGGACGAUCUCCCAUCCGCAACGACUUGUCUGGUACCGCCGAGGAGAUCGACGAACGUUGCACCACGCCAUCAGAGGGCACUCGAACAAGAGACAUCUCGCCUGAAUCUCUUCGACGCUUCCUAUCGGAUGAUCUUCCUCCUCGCCCUGGUUCUAACCUCAGUGAGAGACCAUCUCUAGUCAUCCCUGAAGAUGUUGUAGAGGACAACGAGAACGAUGACGACGACAACUUUGCGACUUCAGCAGCAUCUGAUGGACAGCCCUACGUCACUCGUCUCUCACCUCCUCCCUUCAAGCGAACUAUUUCCUCCGAGUCAGUCAGAAGCGAUGCCGCUAAUUCAAGCUCGCUGCCUCUGAUUCCUUCAAAACCCUCCAGGAAGGACUUGUUGGAGGUCAGCGGUGUGCCUGCAUCGGCUGUGCUUCCUUCACGACCUAGGCUGGAGACUCUUCGGGCACCUAACCCUCGAAUCAAUCCUGCCACGAGCUUCUUCUUGUCUCCAGCCACACCAAGCUUUCCCGAAGAUGAAGGAAACAACUUCUUUGAUCUUACUGAUGAUGAGGACGACGUUGUAUCAAGUAGCAACAGUGACAUCCUCACAUUUCAGCCUGUUCCUGGCAUGGCCCCUACUGCCGACUCCUUUGAGUGCUACAGUCUCCCGGAGUCUCAGGAACAAGGACGGAAAAUUGUCGAGUCCCAGUCGGCCUAUGCCAAGGUCAACUCUGCAUCACUUCUUUCUCGCGGCGACAGCGGAAACUUCCUCGGUGCGCCUAUCGAUACAGGCCUGGACGACUUUGCGGCCGAACUCGGCUGGAUGGUUGAUGUUAUUGGCACCAAGGCCAACUAGUCAACUACGACAUACUCACAUAGUAUCUGAUACGAUACAAUUUAAUUUUGGGCUUCAGUGCCUACCACACUCUAUGAUCAACAUUGUAUCGACGGCGUUUAAUACUGGUUUUCAAAAAUUGGGGUUCAACAUUUGAUGAACAUAACACAGCGGGAUUUGCUUUUGGCGUUUUAAAAGGAACAAGAGGGGAUGGCGCAAGCACAGACAGCUCAACGAGAUGUCAAACAUACAACAAUCCCCGAGGGGUAAUAAGAAAAGGAUCUGGGCGAAUCGAGAUAGACGGCCGUGUAACAAUGGAAUUCUAAAGGAGUAUGUGAGGGAAGGGUGGUAUGGUUCAUGAGACGGACGACAUGGCAGUUAUUGAAACACGAAUCUUGAACCUAAGGCGAGGAUUAUGGUUUGGACUGAUUUGCUCUCACCUGCAUGUGUAUGUAGAUGACAUAGCGAUCAGCAGGUGGCACAAUCUUGAUAGAUGAGAUAAAGGCACAAUUAUAACCAACAUACAACACUGGUUUUACCAGUUACACACUUCUGUUACCGCG